UUUUUGUCUGCUGAUGGAAAAAGACCCAAACCGGAAGAUGGGACGUGGACCGGAGUUAAUGGUGCUUCUUGUUCUGAUGGCGCCAGUUUCCUCUGUUGCCCCGAGCAGAGGAGAACUUACAGAAGCGGUGGCGUAUCUGAAGAACUACGGCUACCUGCACAUCCCACUGGACAGUACAGGCCAACACCAUCCACCUGAGGCAAUAGCUGAGGCGACGAGAAUCUUUCAGAAAGCCACAAACCUGCAAGUAUCAGGAAAACUAGAUUCAGCCACACUGGCAAUGAUCAACAGACCCAGAUGUGGUCUCCAGGACUCCUUCAACGACAAGUCUCUCAAAUAUCGGGUCAUGGGUUACUGGCGUAAGAAGACGCUGACCUACCGCAUCUACAACUACACGCCGGACUUGGGUCAGGCAAAGACCCGCUUGGCCGUCCAGAGUGCGUUUAAGUACUGGAGUGACGCGUCGCCUUUGCGGUUCAGGGAGCUGCAGCAGGGGAGAGCGGACAUCAGGAUAUCCUUUCACAGGAAGGAGAAGACGUGUCCAGUUCCCUUUGAUGGACGAGGCCACGUUCUAGCCCACGCCGACGCCCCCGAGUCGGGCAUCGUCCACUUUGACGGCGACGAGCUGUGGACCGAAGGGAAGAGCGCCGGCUUCAACCUGAGGAUCGUCGCCGCCCAUGAGAUCGGCCACGCCCUCGGCCUGGGCCACUCGCAGCGCUACGGCGCGGUCAUGGGGCCCGUGUACAACGGAUACCGCUCGGACUUCAAGCUGCAUGCGGACGACGUACGAGGGAUCCAGGCUUUAUAUGGAAAGCCAGAGAAUAUUCCUCCACCCAGAAAUCCAAGUCAGCCGGUGCCAGGAGGAGAUCCGUGCAAGGCCACAUUGGAUGCAGUAAUGUUGGGUCCUUUGCAUAAGACGUAUGUUUUCAGCGGUCGGUACGUGUGGACGGUGUCCAACUCCGGCCACAGCUCUCCCGUCACGAUCUCUGCGCUGUGGAAGGAGCUUCCAGGGAGCCUCGGUGCAGCUGUUCACUCUCAGCGGACUGGCAAGUCCUAUUUCCUGAAAGACGACAAAGUAUGGAGAUACACGGGCUUCAAACUUGACCUGGGCUUCCCCAGACGCUUGGUCAACAUCCCUGCGAACGUCGACUCGGCCCUGUACUUCAAGAAGAACAAAAAACUGCUGUUUUUCAAAGGAUCAGGAUACUGGCAGUGGGAUGAAAUUGGUCCGACAGACUUCGGCUCGUACCCCAAACCCAUCGGGCAACUCUUCCACGGGGCACCGAGCGACAGCGACGCUGCAGUCGCGUGGACGAACGGACACAUCUACGUGUUCAAAGGUGCUCGGCACUGGCGCGUAAACCAAAACCACCACACGGUGGAGAAGGCCUCUCCCCUGGACACCGCCACACACUGGAUGCAGUGUGACGACUGAGCCGCCAGAGGCCGCCAGAGGCUUCGGCACAAACCUGCGCAGUGAUUCAGUAUAAACACAGUGAGAGAUGCUUAUUUAUCUGGGGCCCGACAAAAUGCUCUGAACAUGUACUGUAUGAAUCCCUUGUGUGAGGAACAAGAGUAUUUUUUUUCAUUUUUUGGACAAAAAUCAUGUUUGCAUAAUGAGAUGCUUAUUUAGGAUCUUCAUAUUUCAAUUGAGACUUUGUGCUGUUUGAUUCAAUAAGAUACAAAAAAAAUCUAUCAAUAAUAAAAAAAAAACAGAAUAUUGAUGUUUAACACCAUAUCCAUUAUAUUGUUUGGUUAAGAGCCAUCGAAACUCACUGUGUCUACAUUGUUGUGAAUAUGGAUGUUUUAUGAUAUUCUGUUUUGUUCUAUUUUUAGGCUUUGCAGUUCUUUAAAAAAAUAAUUUGUUGAGGCUUUAAUGUCUUAGAAGUAGAGAUCAAUAAUUUCUACACUCAACUAUGCAUAUUUUGACAGAUUGAUAAUUACUAGUUGCUUCAGGGAUCAAUAUUUGACAUUUUAAACUUAUGAUUAUGAAGGUUGUAUUGGUGCAGAUUAAAACACCCCACAUUAAAUUAAGUUUUUAAAAUGAGCUCCACAACCACUGGUUAUAUCCAAAUGUGUUACUAAUACUCAUCCAAUAAUAUAAUUUUAUUACACUAACAGAGGCCACUCGACUUUUUAUUGUAUUAUUUAUUAUUAUUAUUUUUAUUUUACUCAUAAUAAUACAUAACUUAAUGAUCAGAAUAUCUUCCACAACGAAAUACUUUUUUCAACUUAUUAUAUUUUACU